AAAGGUGCGUGGACUUGCUGGAGAGAGUUGUGUUGUCGUUUGAGUACAUAUUUUUUUACUUUAUGGUUUACACUUAGAGACACCGAUAAAAAUGGUGUGAGAAAGUGUGUAGCUAUUGUUGUUGGACGCUGAAAAGCGAAUCAAGGCUGAAAGCGCCACAGUUUUAGAAGUUGGACGUGCUGUCAAUUCUUGCGCGCUUUUUCAUUCGGUUUUGCCCUUCUCUUUGAUCUGCUCCAUUGCUGUGAAUAUCAACAGACUAUGUAAUUCUUAAAUGUAGUAGUACACUUACUGCCCAGAAGAUAACACACUUAUUUUUUGGGUUAUGACAUACACCAUAACUGAAACAGGUGUGACUGGUGCCCAUGUGAGACUACUGACAGUGUGCUAUCAUGGAGGCAGAGAAAGCAGAACUUAAAUCAAUUCUGCGAGGACUGCUCAUUUCAUCCCCCAAGCAAAUGACAGUGCGUGAACUUGCGAAUGAUUUUUCGAGGCAGGAAGGACGUGAAUUUCCAUUUCAAAAGUACGGAUUUCGUACAUUUGUUGAUUAUCUGAGGACCAUAAAGGACACAGUUUUGCUGAGUGGAUUUCAGCCAAUUUAUGUGACUCCUGUUGUCAAAGAAAGCACAGCUCAUGUAAAUGAACUUGUUUUAAAACAGAAGAACAGUACUUCAAAGAAAUCCUCAUACAAAUCUCUGGAAAAAUCACAGAGGAAGAGGGGAUGGGUCCCUAUUGUAAUCCCACCUGACCCAGCAAAGACAUUACCAACUCUGCUGGAUAUUAAAAUACCAAGCAGAAACAAGUUUAUGCUAAAUGUGCCAGCAACGAGGAAAUCAACCCGAAACUCUACUUUGCACGGUUUCCCAAAAUCGGAAGUAGUUUCUGGAAAUAAAAACAUAAAUGGUGGUAAAAAUUACGCAAAAGUCGUUUAUGAAAAGGUUACAGAAAGUCAAGAAAAUAAUCUCCCACACAUUUAUGAAAGGAAGCAAGCUGAUGCAUGUAAUGUUCUUGAGAAUAAAAUGAAGACUGUAGCCAGUAAACCUUCUGAAAAAUGGGAAGACAUCUGUGAAGAAAAUAAAGGCCAUGACGACUCACUCUUUCAAAAGUACUGUGUCCAAAAUAUUAAGUUCAGAUCAAUAAAUAACAUUGAUGAGUGGUUUCCUAAAGAUAUACCUGAAAUAUCACCUCAGAAUUCUGUAAUUGUGAGUCAUGGAUUCAAAGACGAUGGAAAUAAUUUUGAACACUCUGAGAAUGUGAUCAACAAUAUAACUAAAAGUUCAGCUAUGGAAUUCAGUGAAAGGAAGACUGACAGUUCAUUGCUGUAUGAGCAGGACACAAAAACUUGUGUAAAAGGAACUAGCACCCCUUCCAGCCCUGUGUCCUCCAGUGGGAGCAGUUUUAAUGCAAGUUCAUUGCAUAAUAGGUUAUUUAGCGAGAAGACAGUGUCGAAUAUGAAGAAGUUGAUCAAAGACAAUCCCCAAGGUCUCUGGGCCUCUGAGUUUCCUGCGAUUUACAAGGAGCACUUUGGAGUGGCCUUGGAUUACCAUGCUUAUGGCUAUGUGAGCAUGGCAGCUGUAGCAGCUGCAUAUUCAGAUGUUUUUAUUUGUUUAAGACGAAGUUCAGCUGACUUUCUAUUAUUUGAUUCUGAGGCACCUCUGCCCAAGCAUUACGCGAACAGUGGUAACAUGAACUCCUUUGGCGUUGUAACAGAAGUUAUCAAGAGUAAUGUGGAGCGUUUAAUUGCAGAGUUUCCGACUGGUCUGCCUGUUGGAAAGUUCAAGGAAAUGUAUAAGUUAUAUUUUUCAGAAGAUUUGAAUGAAGAAGAAUUAGGAUUUUCAAGUUUGAACGCUAUGCUACAAACAUUACAUGAAGAAUUCAUCCUAAGGGUACGGCAAGUUGGGAAAAAUACGCUGUUAUAUCCUGCAAGAAAUCUUGAUUCUAUCCAGCAGGAACCACCUCUCUGCACUUCAGUGAUGGAGUAUGAUUCUGUUGAGCUCUACACUGCGUAUCCACCAGAAGUUCUGGACCCUCAUGAUACUAUACAGAAACAGCCUUUGCCACGCUUGCGAGGAGAUUUUCCAGUUCUUGUGUCAGAUGUGACUUCUCCUUCACACUUUUGUAUGAUUUUGUACGACAUCCGUCCCCAGCUUGAGAGUCUUAUGGAUGAGAUCCAGUUUUUUUAUACUACCGAAGGAGAAAAGUACAAAAUGCCACACAGUGCUAUUUGCAAAGGUUUGUUGUGCAUUGCACGCUAUGAGAGUAACCAAGAAUGGCAUCGUGUACAGAUCUGCAGCGUAAAGGAUGGAAUGUCUAAAAUCAAAAUAAAUUAUAUUGACUAUGGAACUGUGGGCUAUGUGAGAUCUGAAGAGCUAAGAUUUAUGCACAGAGAUUUUGCACAAUUGCCAAUGCAAGGAAUACCUUCACGUUUAGCAAAUGUUGAACCUGCUGUGGGUGAAUGGAAAAAGGAAGUAAGCAAUUACUUCUUGGAUCUGGUUCGUGGCAAAAUCUUAAUGGCAGUUAUUGACAGGACAAAUCAGGAUAAUCUUACUUCAGUGGGGCUCGUGGACACUUCUGGAGAAGAUGAUGUCCACAUAAAUGAUCAACUUGUCCUUACGGGACAUGCAAAGUUCAAAUAUGAUCCACCACAGAAAUCAACUGAUGUCUCCAUUGGCAAAAGUGAACUUGAGUUAUCAAAUAAUGAUUUUGAAAUGAAUACUUGGAAAUCAGAUGGAACAACUUUUCAUGCCGAGGAGUUCACAAAUGGUGUUGACAGUUGUCUUGUGCCAAGUACUGUUACAGCAUCUGCUUGUAAUAAAGAGAAAGGGCCUUUACCUUUCAGUGGUUCCAGAAAAGAUGAUAAGCUGCAGAACUCACCUGCUGUUUCCAUUGAACUGGGAUUUCCAAACAAUUUUGAAACAAAUCAUUGGAAAUCAGAAGGAAAAACUUCUUAUGAGCAGAAAUUUACAAAUGGUGAUGAUUGCUCAUCUGUGUCGAGUACUGUUACAAUACCUACAUAUGAUAAAUGGAAAGGGCCUGUAUCAUUCUUUGGUGCCGAUGUGAAAGAACGAAAUAUAGAACCAGAAAAAAAGAGUCAGCCUGGAACUACCACUUUAACCGACGGAUCGGCAAAUAAGUGGUAUGAGAAGGCUUUUUGUACAAGUUCAAGUGGUACCAAGGUCUCAGAAAUUGGACAUUCACCAUCUAAGGAAGAUAUUUCGAAAGUUUGGGGAGCACCACUUAUAAUACCCACCUCUAUUUGCUCUUCUCCCAGCACUUCCACUGAAGGCGAUACAUCUCUAAAUCUAAAGAAAAUUCCAAAUACUUGGAAAGAUGUCAAAUAUUCAACACUGUUUGACUCAGAUCAUCUUAAAAGAAAUACUGGAAGUGUACAGUUAGGUAGUAAAAUGCAGAAUGCUUCAACAUGUGAUGCAAAAGAAUUACCAUCACGUAACAGUGUUUCACCACGGUCAGGCAGUGCCCAGACUGGUAGCAGUCAUACUACUUUUGUGCCAGACAACAGCCAGAAUGAGAAUCCUCAUGCCGCCACAGCACCUCGUAAUAAUAGUAAAGAUACAUCUUUUGCGCAUCAUGGUUUGUAUGCACAUAAUAUGUGGAACCUCGGUAAUAUUAGCGUCAGUCCUCCAUGGAUCGCUUCUGGGAAUCGUCCAGUUGUCAGUGGUGUAUCAGCAUUAGUACAAGCAGGACAGGCAUCGUGGUUUCAUCCAGCCCAAAACACACAACAGUUCCCCCUGACACCUAUUGUUGGCGUAACACCUAUUCCACCUCCUGGCUUUACCCCGAUCCAAAACCCAUUUGUGGCCUUUACUACAUCGCGAUUACCUGCUGUUGUUGAUCCACGAUUGUCAAUACUGGAUGGAGCAUUUGUGUAUCAGCACCAAAAUAAUCCAUGGAUUCCAAGAUAUAGUGAAGUAAAAUCUGCUCCGAAUCAUAGGUCCUUUUCAAAUUCUGCAGGACCAUUUUCUACUGGUCUUAAUAAUUCGGGGAAAUUUGCCAGUCCUACACCAGAUAUUUGUGAGAUUACUCAGUCCACUGAGGAUUUAUUGAAUAUAGAAGACUGUACAACAGGCAUAAUAGAUGCAGAACAAGAGUUGGAAUCUAAUAAAAUAACUGUAAUAAAUCAAGAAGUUAAGCCCUGUGGAAUAAGUCAGUGCACUCAGACAACUUUGGAUGGUGAAGUUUUGGAAGAUAAUCUUAAACACCAUGCUCAGAGAUCAGAGAGAAUAACUUCAGAGACUGUCAGAGAGGUCGUUGAUGGAAGUAGAAUUGAUGAUAACAAAGAGGCAAAUAUGGCUAGUGAUUACAAUACGAAGUUUGAAAAUGAACACAAAUCGCCAGAUGUCUUUGUGUUUAGUGCAAAUUCUUUGGAAGCAGCUCAGAGUUCAGAAAAUUGUACCAUUACAGAACAAGACUCAGAACCUACAGUCAAGAUUGAUUUUGAGACUCUGUUAUCCAGAAGUUUAAAAAAACUUGAAAUUGAUUCAUCUCUUGGGUCUACUGUCCCAUCUAAGUCAACAGUUACCAGUACUUGGACGACUCAGAACUCUGUGGAAAAUGAUAAACUACACUCAUGUUCUGCAGAAACUUCUAGCAAAGAUGAAGAUAUCACCAGGUAUGUUCCCGCCCAGGAAGUUGAUCUUACCACGGAAGAGAAAGGACGACAACCUGUACGAUACAUUAAAAAAACAUUGAUAUCUGGAAGAGUACUAAAUCUUAUAAACUACAAUGAACAAGCUUAUUUCUGCACAGAUGAAUUUGUUAGAAGUUUUUCUAAAUUUAGUGGAAGACAUGUCUUAUUAAAAAUUCUCGAUACUACUGGCAUGACUCUACCAUUCGUUGAAGUAAAUAGAACAGAUAACUUUGAAAUGUUUCAGAUGCUGGACAACUGUGACUUAAAUACCAAGAGCAGAAAGCCAAAUGGCCAGAUACAUGAUGUGCUUCACUUGGUUCCUUUGAGGUCAGCGACAGAUCUACUUAAAGCUUUAAAGAUAUCAGAUGUAUCCAUUUUUUCUGGUCUGAUGGAAGAAGUUGAGAAUUUCAACCCAGAGGAUGAUUAUUGGUACAGAGACUGAACAACCAUGAAACUACUUUAGUUUCAUGUAUACUGCCAUGUGGGUCAUGGCUGAUGUUUGUCACUUGAAGUUGUGAUGUGAUGACGAUUUCUUCACUUAUUGAAAAACAAUCAUGUGACAUUUACGUACAUAACUAAACAAAGGCUGUGAUUCAGCAGACUAGUUUAUCUAGUUGUUGCAGACACCUAUUUUUAUAAUUUUUUUUGUCUCAUCAUUAAAAACUUUUGUAUUAUACCUGUAAAAAAUUGUUAUAAAAUUUGGUGAAAAUUGAAAAAAAAAAAACCUAAAUGUUGAUUGCCACUGAAGAGAUAAAAGGCUGUAGUAUAUACAUGAAUAGAACAAAUUUUUCAUGCUUAUACAGCAAAUGUUUAUUAAUAAGAAAAAAAAACAGGAAAUAUAGUAGAGUUCCAUGAUGGAUUGGCAAUAAAUCAUGCGUAAGUGGUAUCCGCACAGACCAGUAUUUGAGAGCAGGAUCAUGAGAAAUUUAUUUGUUGGACAAUUGUAAUCUCAAGUAUUUUGCUCUGAACCUAAUUGUUUUCAUUAGAUUUGAAGUUUCAUUUCUGGCUGAUGCCACCGGAAUUUAAAUGCUCAUCUAUGUCUCUGUUAAAUGUUUCUUCCAUUUUUGACCUCUGUUACGAUUUGAAAAUAUGAAAUGUAUGAGUCUGAAAUUAACAUUUAUGUGAUCUUUUUCAGAUUCAUAACAAUUUCUUCUGUUGUUUGGUAUGGUACUUUCAUGACAAUUAUUUUUUGUCAGGUGUUUCGUAAGAAUUAUCUGAUUUUUUUACUGAAACAGUCUCAGUGCAGAAUUGCAUAGAACAGUGGCUGUCUGCAUGUCAAUGUAUUUCUAGAUUUAUGGGAUCCGUGUAGAAAAGGAACAUCACAAACGAUUCUGGCAAAAUAUGAUAUUCAUAUGUUGAUUGUAUCACUUUGAAACUUUCUGCAGAAUACUGAAAGUUAUUUGUGAUACAACUGUCCAGAAUUUCAUCAAGCCUUGGCAGUGCAGAUGCUUGCUAAGAAAAUGUUUACUAUUGUGAUAAAAAAGUUCCUUUCCUCAUGACUUACAUGAUUAAAAUGUUAGAACUGUAAUUACUGUACAUACAGUACUAAUAUUAUCGUGGUUACCUCAGUUCAAAAUUUGUAUAUCGCUUAAGAAAUAAUUUCCUGUUAUUUGUAGUAAUAAACACUAAUUUUUUUAUAUGUAAUUGGCUGAACUCACACCAAUG